GAGAGAGAGAAGGAGAAGGAGGAGAGAGAGAGAGGAGGUGGAGACAGACACAGAUAGAGAGAGAGAUAGAUAUCAGACAGGCUCCACUCUGACACUACAGUCAACCCGAACACGCCGCAGAGCUACACGGACACGCAUCUCUUUGACUGGGAUAAACUGGUGUCGACUGGGAGUACAGACAGCAGACAUGGGGCGGAGUGUGUUCUGUCUUGUUAUGACUCUCGUAUCCCAUUGUGCAUGGGGGUAUGUCGAGGCUCUCGCUGCCAAUGCUGGCCCCGGGUUCACCGUGGCAGAGCCGCAGGUUGCCAUGUUCUGCGGGCGGCGGAUUCUCCACAUCAACAUCCAGACGGGCCAGUGGGAGCCAGACCGGGCCGGGAGGCAGGGCUGCUUCACCGACCCGGCCCAGAUCCUCAGCUACUGCCAGGAGAUGUACCCUGAGCUGCAGAUCACCAGCGCGGUGGAAUCCUCCCAGCCCGUCACCAUCAGCAACUGGUGCAAGAAGGGCUGGGGCCCCUGCAAGAGCCACCAGUUCAUCAUCCUGCCCUACCGCUGCCUGGUGGGAGAGUUUGUGAGCGAGGCUCUGCUGGUUCCUGAUCGGUGUCGUUUUCUGCACCAGGAGAAGAUGGACUCCUGUGAGAGUUACAUCCACUGGCACAACAUCGCUAAAGAGGCCUGUGGAACUGAGGGGCUGGACCUGCGCAGCUACGGCAUGCUGCUACCCUGCGGGUUGGAUCGAUACCGGGGGGUCGAGUACGUCUGCUGCCCAGAGAGGAGCUCCGGAGCCAGGCUAGAGGAGGCAGAGGAGAUGGGGAAAGAACCAGGGGUCGUCACUGUCCAAAGUGAACUGCAGAGAGCCGGAGAGAAGGUGACCCCCCCAACCUGGGAGCUGGUCCAGCCGUCCCAAAGCCAGGGGAAGGGGGAGGAGGAAGGGGAGGAGAGAGACGACUAUAAUUACAACUUCGAGCCAAACCAGACCCCGGAUUACCUGGACUCCUUCUACUACGAUCGCCUGACCGAGGGGAGCCGGGCCCCCACAGCUCCAAGCACUCCACCUCCCGAGGCUGCAGCCGUCUCCACCUCUCGUCCCACGGAUGGCGUGGACGUUUACUUUGAGAUGCCCGGGGACGACAGCGAGCACGCCAGCUUCCUGCGCGCCAAGAUGGACCUGGAGGAGCGGCGAAUGAAACGCAUCAACGAGAUCAUGAAGGAAUGGGCCGAGGCAGACAACCAGUCCAAGAACCUGCCCAAGUCCGACAGGCAGGCUCUGAAUGAGCACUUCCAGUCAGUUCUCCAGACUCUAGAGGAGCAGGUUGCAGGAGAACGGCAGCGGCUGGUUGAGACACACUUGGCCCGCGUUGUUGCAAUGCUCAACAACAACCGCCGGGUGGCGCUGGAGAGCUACCUGUCCUCGGUGCAGGCCGACCCUCAGCAGCCGGAGCGAGUCUUGCAGGCUCUGAAACGCUACGUCCGCUCUGAGCAGAAGGACCGCAGACACACGCUGCGCCACUACCAGCACAUCGAGGCCGUCGACCCGCAGAAGGCAGAGCAGAUGAAGUUUCAGGUUUACACCCACCUGCAUGUGAUCGAGGAGCGGAUGAAUCAGAGCCUGGCUCUGCUCUACAAGGUGCCCAGGCUGGCCCAGGAGCUGCACGAUGAGAUCCAGGAGCUGCUGCGCUCCGAGCGGGCCGACGCCAGUGAGCUCAUGACCACCUCGUUCUCGGAGACGCGCACCACAGAGGAGUUCCUGCCGAUGGACAGCGCGGAGGUGCGGGAUGAGGAGGAUGAUGAUGACGAAGAGGAGGAGGGGCAAGAGGAGGCCCUUGAGACCAGACCCUACCCCCUGCUCCCCCACGUCGCCCAGGACUCCCCCCACAACACAGACCAGGCAGACUCUCAGCAGAGCACCAAGAAAGCCUCUGCGAUGGAUGAUUAUGACUACUCUACACUAGAGAAGGCCAACUACGACUACGAAGAGAAGGUAACUGGACCCGUGGCUAUCAGAGAAGUGGUUUAUAGAUCCUCGGAUAUCCAGAGAGACGAGCAGGAACCCGACGCCUUGGAGACCUUCAACCACGGCGCCAUGGUGGGUCUGCUGGUGGUAGCGGUCGCCAUAGCGAUGGUGAUGGUGAUCAGCCUGCUGCUGGUGCGCAGGAAGCCCUACGGGACGAUCAGCCACGGGAUUGUGGAGGUUGACCCCAUGCUGACCCCAGAGGAGAGGCAGCUCAGUAAGAUGCAGAAUCAUGGCUACGAGAACCCCACCUACAAAUUCUUAGAGCAAAUGAACUGAGAGAGGGGCGGAGUCAACGGCCACGCCCACAGGAACCAUCUCACAGCAGGAAUAAUACAUGCUUUCCACUAAACUCCCCUAGGGACCGUAUCCAACUCCCUCGCUAAACAAAAAACGCAACGCUCUUGUGUGGAAACUGGCCUGCAAUUUCCCACGUUUCCUUAUUCAUUUCGCUUUGUUCAAGUUACAUAAAGGUGUGUGUGUAUAUAUAUAUAUAUAUAUAUAUAUAUAUAUAUAUAUAUAUAUAUAUAUAUAUAUAUAUAUAUAUAUAUAUAAAAUCUCCAAAUUCAUGCAAUGUGACAAUGCUGAAACAGCUAUAAUUACAGAAAGCCUGGUUCUAGCAUUCCUUUUAUUCGACAUUGCUAAAUUUGAAUAAGUCCUGCCUUAUCUUUACAAGUUUAUUUAAUGUCUUUUAAAAAGGAUUCUCCUGCUUAAAAAAAAAAACAAAAAAAAAAAAACAAAGGAAACAUGCAUCGUUCUGUUACUCAAGAAGGAAGGAGCGCGCUUUCUGUUUUAAUAUAUACUUUAUACUUGGGUGUCGUCCUAAUUUAACUGCAGAAGCAGCAGAUAUUUCCAGACCGGCGCUGUGCCGUCCGCGGAGACAAGGGGGCUGCAAAGAAGCAGGGCGAGUCUCACCACAAAAACCACAAAUAUCCCAUCUUCAGAUUGGGAUGCACUUAUUAAUAUUAUUAAUAUUAUUAUUAUUUAUUAUUAUUAUUAUUAUUACAGCACAUUGAUCUGCUGGAGCUCAUGAAGGAAACGAAUUUGCAGAAAAUCUAUUGCAAUAGGGUGUAUAUAUUUAGUUUUUAUUGUUUCUGUUCUAUACUGUAGAUGUAUGUUUCUUCCAGAGCCCUUUCUGUUUGUCUCUCUCGUUUUGUGCUGGCCUCCUGAAUCUCACUCCUGGAUUCAGUGUCAAUAUCUUUUGACUGUCAUUGGUAUCUUGUUAGAUUUUAAUGGAGGGUUACUGUAACGUUAGAAAUUGUAGCUCACUGUGUUCUCCCUGCAA